CUUAUCACCCAGUAUAUUCCUUAUUUAUCCCGCAACUCAGUCAUCAAGACCUUCUCUUCGAAGCUGCCUAUAGUCUAUCGGGGUGACUAGCUGAUUUUUGUCACCAUGAGUGGAAGCGGCGGCUACUACAAGUACCGAUGCAAGUACUUCUAUACCCAUAACUGCCCCAACUGGGUCUACGUGAAUAAUUCCCCUUGCGCAAACUGCUGCGCGGAAGGGCGCGAGGUCGAUGGUGGAGCUCCCGAGAUGCCUCCGUCGAGGUACUCACAUGACAUUUGCGUCCCACGAGUCGAAGAUGGCGUUGUACACUACACGCUGAUGGAAAUCGUCAACACAGACGAGUCCGGAAACCAGUGGACGCUGAGAUACAAGGUCGACCAAGCUCAGGUUCCCACCGUCAUGACGACCAGUGCUACUCCUGGCCCGCCAGUCCCGGCUACGAGUUAUUGAAACAAGAACGACUUGCGGCCAAAUAUGACAGCAAAAGAUGUCGAAUGUUGACAGCUACAUGAAACUGUUUGAUAUGGUUUCCCGGGGUCAUAAGAUAGCAGAUUUAGGCAUUGGGGAUAUCUAAGACAGGCCAGAUUGUGGGGCGCAGCCACCAUGUUGCGCCUAAGUUGUAAUUAUGGACUGACGAUCGUAUGGCGGAAAGGGCGGCGUUUCUUGCAAAAUUUCCACCCAUUCUUAUUAGCGUGGCUGGGCAUAAGGAUGACUGUUGUAGAUUGGCGAUGGAAAUAUUUAUAAUUUGACAUCACGAAAAAUCCUUGUUAUAAUUCGGAAAUACGCACAUCACGCCCUAAUGAUAGGACGGGAGGCCGAGAUGUUAUUUUGAGGUUUUCAGCACUAAUACGGCUAUAGCCAAUGGCAAAAUGACACUUUACACCAGUUUAUCCCGCAAACUA